UCCUCCUCUCCUCGCCUCCUCUGCUGAGCCUUUCCUUUGCCCUGCUCUAAGGACUAGUGAGAGUCUGCGCUAUGGAACAAGUGUGUGUCCGAGGGCUGGUGCUUUGGUCUCUCCUUGCAUGCUUGGCUUGGUUGAGUGUUGGCCUCGCUGGCGCAGAUGGUCGGGUCUUCCUGCUAGAGUUGAGAAAUGGUUCAGAUAUAGGUUUCCAUGCAGCUUCUCGUGCAUGUGAGGAUCAGGGUGCUCGGAUGGCCUCAGCGAUGGAGCUUCGUCAUGCUGUCGUUGAGUGUGCAUUCUCCGCUUGUGCACGUGGUUGGCUUACCGGUCCCAGCAUCGGGACAACAGUAUGCAGGAGCGUCUCUGGAAGCUUACGGGCCGUGGACAUGCAGGUGGAGAAUGCAACCGAGAUGUACGAGCGACUGGCUGUGUUCUGUGUCAAAGACACUGGGGCUCCUUGUGGAAAUGCACCUAUCUUUCCGAAUACACAUCUACAGGGACAUACAGGCCUGGAGCUGGGUGACGAGCUUCUGUAUGCUUGCAACCCAGGAUACGUUCUGCCCAAUGGAGAGACAGCUUUUAGCCUGUUGUGUGACAGCUGUGGAGAGUGGUAUGGUCUGGUGCAGCUCUGCGCAAAAGAUAAAGACGAGGCCUUCAUUGACUAUGAGGACAAGCUCCCAGUUGAUCACCAUCUCUAUGACGGUCUGGACGAGGUGCAUCAUAUGAGGAUGACCACUAGACCAACUGAUCAUGGAGAAGAGGAAGAGUCUACACCUGAACCGGACCAUUUAGAUCCAGUCAUGGUAGUUGAAGCAGGGGACAGGAUCGAGAAAAACUCUGCAGUAUCUGUAACAGAGCCUCCAGUCUCUCAACUCAGUCAGAAACACAUGUUCUGGUUCCCCUCAGAGGCCUUCCAGGAAGAGGAGCAUAAUUUUAUGACCACAGGCACACCUGUUGAAGUUCACACCCAAGAUGAGGACUAUAUCUCAGCCAAGACAGGUGAAGAAAUGUCAGAGAUAACUACAGAGGAUAAUGACAGUGGGCAUACAAGUCAGCGUCCAACUGAAAAGCCUGCCAGUCGUGGUGUAGGCAGCACAGUGGAAUCAUGGCUUGAUGGAUAUCCCAUUGCUCAAGAGGAGGAGAGAGUAGGUGGAGGGUCUACGGGGGAGACAGCAGAGACAGUUCCAGGGCAGGCGGUGGAUAUGGGAAGGGGGAAAGACACUAUAGAGGUAGAGGAUAUUAAAAGUGUGACUGAUGCCCCAGAAGAGGCAGGUCUGGGAGGUGGUGUCCACAGCCACCUGGAGGAAGCAUCUGAAGGUGUGUCUGAGGUACCUGAAGAGCAAGAGAUUAGUACAGUGACUAAUUGUGAAGAUCUGGCACGUAAGAAUAUAACUGAAAGCUCUGGAGAAAAGAGUUAUGGAGAAGUCAUUUACAACCAAGAGGAGGGGCCCGACAGUGUGACUGACUCGACUCAAUCAGAGGUUUCCGAUGUAGUAUCUGUUAUAUCAGAAGAAAGACAUUAUGUUACACAGACUCCAGUAUUGAAGGAGAUAGAAGGAGGAGCUAAAGGACCAGUGGAGUUGGAACAUGAGAAAGUGGAUAAUGGUUUAAAAGAUGGACAGUUUCAUGGUGGCGCAAAUGAUGUUGAGUUGAGCCAUCACAGCCAGACUCAGAUCACAUCUGGAGUAGAUGAGACAACUCUGAAAAACACACCCAGCACUUCUCCGGAGAACGUCAGCACCAGUCAAGGGGGCAUGGAGUUCAAACGCACUGCCACACCUUCAGGCAUGGCGACAACAGAAACCACACCUUCUUCACCAGUCCAUGUCAUUCGCGAUGUGGCUACACCGACAGUGAGUGUCUCCCGGGAUUCCGGAGAUUUUGGCCAUUUUGUGGAUCAGAAUCCGACUGUUGAUGAUCGCACAGUUGUAGAAACACAUGAAAAUCAAAGUGUGAUGGAAGGAGAUGUGAACCAUAGCCUGGAUCAACCUGAAGAUGAUGGCUCUUGCACUGUACGCCCUUGCCACAUGGCUGGCCAUGGACCAACUUUGGCUGCUAUAAUUGUCGCCAUUGUAGCAGCGAUUGUUGGCGUGGCCUUGGGUGCAUGGUGUUACAAAAGAAGGCAACAGAAGACCUCUCACUAUCAGCUGAAUGGAACUAACAGACAAACACAAUGCAUCGAACUCCAGCAGACUGUGUAACGUAACACGCGGCUUACGUGAACACCAUAGAUGUUUGAACAUUAUGAAGUACAGUACAUGCACCUAAAUACAUACUAAUAUACACAGAAAGUUUUUGUUGUUGUUUUGGUGAGAGGAUUGCUCAUGUCCGUUAAAGUAACAAUCUUGUUAUUGAGCAAGGAGAGAAUUGAUUUUGUGCUUCGUUAAAAACGUAUUUUUUUGUUGCUUGUUUUCAUA